CAGUCCACCAAUAGCAAACACGGAGAGGGGUUGCGUCAUCGGCGUGUGGUCCAAUCAGCGCGGUCGCCGCCGCAGUGACGGAGAGAAACCGCCAUCACGAAAUUAAAAACAAGAAGCUGACGGACGGACGAGCCGCGCGCCGCACCGGACACGACAGACUGAGGCUGUGCAGAGAUGAGCGACGUGGCCGAGGAAGCGAUGAACAGUUCUGCGGUGUCGGACGAAGAAGUGGAGGACCGGCAGGAGGCGUCACAGGAAAGCCAGUCGAGUCCGGACAAAAGCCGCAGCCAGAUAUCCGGUGCAGGUGAAAUCAUUGAAGGCAAGCGGGCCAAGAAGUCCGUGGAGAGACUCGACUUCCAGGCACCGAAACAAAAAGAGAAGCUCAAGAUCGGAGAUGGUAGCGGAGACAAGUUGGGAGAUAUUCCACGCACCGGCUACCAGAUCAGCAAGAUGAAGCCAGCUGACCUGAAACCUCUGUACACCAUCCUGUUCGACAGACCGGGAAAGAUGGCCACAUUGAAGAAGAACCUGCGUCUGUUCAACGGCUUUCCUUUCGACGCCGACAGCCAACAGUACACGAAGAAACGAGAAAAACUGCUCAAGAAUUCAAAUUUCACCAACACCAAACUCAAAGUCGUCUGCAGCGUUUUGGAUCUGGAGAAGAAAGGAACCCACUCGGAUCUGGUCGACCGGAUCCUAACGUUCCUCAUCGCACCGAAAAAUAGCGGGAAGCGUCUGCCCGUCAAGAAAAAGAGGAAAUCAAAGAAGAAGCUGUCGGGCGACGACUCAACGGCCAAGACCAAGAAGAAGAGCAAACCCAAACCCAGCAGCUCGUCGUCCAGUCCCAAGAAGUCCAAAACGGGAAGCAAGUCCAAAGCCAUCGUCAUGGACUCGAGCAGCGACGAGGACGACGACGAGGAAGACGAGAAGGCCGGAGCGUCAGCUGAGGCGGAGGGCUCCGAGACAGAAGACAAACCUUCAGAGAAGGACGAGGACCGCUCCGACAAGUCAGACGAGUCUGUGGACGAGGAGGACGACGAGGAGGAGGAGGAGGAGUCUCCAAAAUCAAAGUCGUCCAGAGGAAAGUCCAAAAAACCUGCGGCGGUCAAAAGACAGAGGACACCAGCGAAGAAAACGGGUCCUCCUAAGAAGAGAGUGAGGAAGGAAGUUUCAGACGAGUCAGACGCCGACAGUGAAGCUGACGAGAAGCCCAAAAAAAAGAAAACUGCUCCGAUCAAACCUGCCGCCAAAACCAAGAAGGCCGACAGCAGCAGCAACAGCAAGAACACCAACACAGCAGAGGACACUUCAGAUGACGACGAGCCGCUCAUCAGGAUGAUCAAGAAAGCUCCGAGCGACGAGCAGCUGAAGGAGACGGUGCAGAGUCUGCUGAAGGAGGCCAACCUGGAGGAGAUGACCAUGAAGCAGAUCUGCCAGAGGGUGUUUGACACUUACCCUGAGCACGACCUGACCAGCAAGAAGGACUACAUCAAACAGACAGUCAAGUCUCUCAUCACAUGAAGAAGAAGAAAGUUCCACCACCACAGAACGCGACGGAGGAAAACUUCAAAACUCCUUUUCAUCAGUUCAUUUGUUUUCAUACAGUUUUCUACAUGAUUGUUUUUUAUUAACGUGCUCGUGUAUAGACUUCAGUGUUCAUCGUCAGCUUUUCUAAGAAGUGUUCAUUAACUUCACGUUCAGAUUUGUACAUAUGUUUCUAAUUAGGUGAAGCUAUUUUUGAUUAACACGUAAACGUUUAUUUUUCUGGACUGGUUUGUUUCCUGUUUGUCGUCCUUGCUCUCAGACAUUCUCUCUGUUCCAUCAUGCUCACUCAUUAAAAUUGUACGGUUUUUU